CCGGAGGUUCCCCCUCUUAUUUUGAAGUUUAUUUCCUGUUGUGAGUCCGGGCAGCGGGAGGGAGUCGGGACUUCUCGUCCGUUAACAAACCAACAAAACGGACCACAACGUCUAGGUUAAUUGUCAUCAGCGCCUGGGUGACAUGAGUAUGGAUUGGAGGUGAUUAUAGACUGGGGAGUUAGGUGGUGCAACAGUACUGGAAGAGGCCAUGGAGGAGCCGGUACCGGGCAGUCCCUGUUCCUCUGAGCCGGACAGUCCUGGAGGUCUGAACCGAGGCUGCCUCCUGAACCCUGCGGACGUCCUUUACCAUGAUCUCUCCAUCAUUGUCCCAGAAACACCCAGCCCACAACUUGGCAAACGCAGGAGACACCGUCGCAUCACUGAGGAACAUUUCAGUCCUGUGGCUGUCGGUGGAUCUCCGGGACGUCCAGAACUUUUGCACAAAUCCAAACGCAGACGUCUGGCUGAUGCAAUGGGCAAGCAGAGUGUCGGAUUUGUGCCAGCUUCAUCUCUCAGGGCUUUUCCUUUGGGCACCUGGCUGGAGGCCCCACUGUCGUCUGCAUCCUGCUCCUCCUCCUCAUUAUCUUCGUCUUCCUCCUCCUCCUCAUCCUACCUCACGCCUGCUUCUGAGGAGGAAGUGGAAGAGGUGGCUUCUACUGUGGCAGGCUCCUCAGAAGAAACCAGUCCUCCUUGUCUUAGACAGAGGUUGAAGCAAAGGCAGAUGCUAGCAACGGUUUCAGCUUCACCCUCACCACCAUCACCACAACCACCACCAUCCACCUCAUCCGACUCUCUGUCCUUCCUGACUGCAGAGGAAAGGAGAUGGCUGAGCGGCGAGCAAGGAAGCACGUCAGCAGCAGCAGCAGCAGCGGAGGAGAUCGUUAUCAGUGAUGAUGAGGAGGCUGUGGUUCGUUUGGCACAGGAGGAGGAAGACGAGGCGUUGGCUCGAAGCCUGCAGGCCCAGUUUGACCAAGAGGAGACACACAGCAGACAACAGCACCAUCAUCACCACCACCACCAGCUUCACCAUUAUCUCCAUCAGCAGAGCCACCACAGAUAUAAUCCGUACUUGGACCCCAGCUGGAUGCCUCAUUUACUGGCUGCAGCCUCUCCUGGUGUCAGCUUUGAAGAUGAUCCGAUUGAUGAACACAGAAGACAUGGGCGGGGCAGAAGACGUGGGCGGAGCAGAAGGAGGAACGGCCAACCUGAUCUUUCAGAAGACCUUCAGGGAAACGACUACGAGGCUCUCCUGGCAUUCGAGGAGCGUCAAGGUGCCGUUAUGUCCAAAAAGUUGAGUCAGAGGGAAAUCCAGAGGUUUCCCACCAAAACCUUCCAGUCUGCCAACAGCGCCGGGAACACUCAGUGUCAGAUCUGUUUCUGCGACUACACCGAUGGGGAGAAGCUGAGGAUGUUGCCCUGUUUCCACGACUACCACGUCCAGUGUAUCGACCGAUGGUUGAAGGAUAACACCACCUGUCCGAUCUGCAGAGCUAACCUGGCUGACAGCGCCGCCCUCGCCCCCCCGCACCUCUGACCUCUGACCUCAGCGCCUCCUGCAGGGCGAGGCCGCAUCUACUGUUUUUUACUAUGAGCUGACAGUUGGUUGUUUGCUCUUUUCCUGCCAGUGUUUGUCUCACUCUUCGUGUUUAAUGAAAGACAACUUGUUUUUUCAUUUUUUUUUAUACACUUUUAUUUAAUUAUUUUCAGUCAGAUUUGAAUCGACUCUACAGGAACAAAACUUUUAAAGCAACUGUUACUUAUUUGUCUUGAGAGGACGGAUGUUCCUGUCUUUUCAAUGAGAUUGAAAUAAAUUUAAUUCUUUUAAUGCGUCUUAUGUUUGUCUCA